AAUAGAUCAGCUAAAUAUACAUCAACAGACAAUAAUUUCCUUCGUUGAAAAAUAUCAAAAUAUAAUUGAUGACAAAAAUACUUAACAAGCAGAAACAUGAGUGUUGGGAGAAGCUUUCCGGGGUAUUCCAUUCAAACAACUGGCCUCAGAACUGGCCAACAACUAAAAAGCAAAACAACCUAAAUCUGAAGACAAGGUGAAUUUGUUAAAAACGGAUAGUGGGGUAUCUAUUCCUCGAACUAC